AGAGGGCUCGGAGAGGAAGAGGAGGAGGGGGAGAAGGAGGACUAGGACAAGGACGCAGGCAGCCGCCUCCGGCCGCACUUCGGCUCAGGGGGCCGGCUCUGGCGGCCAGGGGGAGCCCCUGAACAAACUUUGUGAGGCGCGAGGGAACGUCGUGGGGCAGCUCGGGGAGCGGACGAGAUCUGCCUCUGGAAGAUGGGCAGCUCCCACCGGGAUGCAUAAGCGGACCUGGAGGACGGAGCCGAACCGCGGACUGUAACUUUGAGCCCCAACUUUGUUGAACAUGAAUGGAACGGCCAACCUGAAUUCGGCCAGCCGCCCCCAUUAUGCUUCUUCUAUCCCUGUGCCCCGUGCCACUUCCCAGACCAAGAUUCACACCCUGGCAGCAUCACCUCAAUUGCGCCCACGCCAACACAGCCUAGUACCCAGCCCCCAGCGGGCAGCCUCACCAAGACUAGGGAAGGCAGUUAGCAGCCCCAGUAGUUCCUCCCCCAAGAUUCCCAGAGGAAGAGGUUCUGCCAAGACUCCGGCAGGGCUGAAGGAGUCCUCCUCUUCAGGACAUGAGAGACCUGAGGCAGGAGAGAGCUAUGAAGGACACUCAAGCCAGAGUCUAAGUUCUCCGUGGAGUAGUCCCAGGGUGACUCCCAAAGCACUUUCCAGUUCCAGGGCUGGACCUAGGAGGACUGAGGAGGCUCAAGUCAUUGGGGGCAAGAAGAAGAGGACACCAGAAGGGAUCAGGACUUCCCAAGCUCAAAGUAGGAGUCCAUCUCAGAUCAGCCCACACAGAGACACUCCGACACCAGGAGCUUCUGAGAGCAGGAAACUUUUGAGCUGCCAGGGGAAAGACCAAGAUGUGAACUUUAAAGGUUCUGGCAUUGCUAGACCCAUUGGGCCUGAGGAUGGACCUCAGAAUGAGAUACCUUCACGGACUUCCUCCUCAGUCAUCAGUCCAGUGCAUAACAAAGGCUCCUCCCCUAACCUGGGGCCCAUCAGCUUCUCCUCAGCCUCCCAACAGAAUCAUCCUGUCACUGCCACAGUGGCUCCCUUCCAGUACAGGUUACAAGGAGAUCAAGACACUGAUCCUCUACCCCAAGAUGGUUGUGUCUUUGAAGACUACCCCAGUCCCUCUGAUGGAUCUGAAGACAAUUUUCCUAGCUUGGACGCCCGAAUCUUCAAUGCGUUCCUGGCGGGCAGGAUGCUGGGCACCUCCCUCAAGAGCCUGCAACCCGAUGUGGAACUGAGCGGCGGCGAGGGCUCCGAAGAUCUCAAGGGCUUCGGCAAGAAGGCGGGCGAGGGCAAGAGCAUGAUGCCCAAGCGGGCCAAGCCCCCCGGCGGCGGGGUGGCCAAGACCAGCGCCGGGGAGCUGAAGGUCUUCAAGUCCGGCAGUGUGGACAGCCGGCCCCCGCCGCCGGCUUCCAACCUCCGCAAGCAGAAGUCCCUCACCAACCUCUCCUUCCUGACGGACUCGGAGAAGAAGAUGCAGCUCUACGAGCCCCAGUGGAGCGACGAUAUGGCCAAGACGCCUAAGGGCUUCAGCAAAGGGGGGCCCAAGGGUCGGGAGGCGCCCCUCAUGUCUAAGACGCUCUCCAAAUCGGAGCAUUCGCUAUUUCAGGCCAAGAUGACCUCUGGCGGGGUAGCCAAGCCCCCGUUGGCCCCGCUAGCCCCGGGCCUGGGCAAGCCGAGCCGAAUCCCCCGAGGUCCCUACGCCGAGGUGAAGCCCCUCAGCAAGGCCCCUGAGGCGGGUGUCAGUGAUGACAGCAAGUCCGACGACGAGCUCCUGUCCAGCAAGGCCAAGGGGCAGAAGGGGACACCGCCACCAUCCGCUGGCAAGAGCCAGGAGGAGCGAGCCUUCCUCAAGGUAGAUCCUGAGCUUGUAGUGACUGUGCUGGGAGACCUGGAGCAGCUGCUUUUCAGCCAAAUGUUGGACCCGGAGUCCCAAAGAAAGAGAACGGUUCAAAAUGUGUUGGACCUUCGACAGAACCUGGAAGAGACUAUGUCUAGCCUGAGAGGUUCCCAGGUAACUCACAGCUCCCUGGAGAUGACCUGCUACGAUAGCGAUGACGCUAACCCCCGCAGUGUGUCCAGCCUCUCCAACCGCUCGUCCCCGCUCUCCUGGCGCUACGGACAGUCCAGCCCCCGGCUGCAGGCGGGUGACGCCCCGUCAGUGGGUGGGAGCUGCCGCUCCGACGGCCCUCCAGCCUGGUACAUGCAUGGCGAGCGAGCCCAUUAUUCUCACACCAUGCCCAUGCGAAGUCCCAGCAAACUCAGCCACAUCUCUCGCCUUGAGCUGGUGGAGUCUUUGGAUUCUGAUGAGGUUGAUCUCAAGUCUGGCUACAUGAGUGACAGUGACCUCAUGGGAAAGACCAUGACAGAGGAUGACGACAUCACAACAGGCUGGGAUGAGAGCAGCAGCAUCAGCAGCGGGCUCAGCGAUGCCUCAGACAACCUCAGUUCUGAAGAAUUCAACGCCAGCUCCUCGCUCAACUCUCUCCCCACCACCCCCACUGCUUCUCGAAGGAACUCGACUGUAGUGUUACGCACAGACUCAGAAAAGCGCUCGCUGGUGGAGAGCGGGCUAAGCUGGUUCAGUGAGUCAGAGGAAAAGGGUCCGAAGAAACUGGAGUACGACAGCGGCAGCCUCAAGAUGGAGCCCGGGACCUCCAAGUGGAGGCGAGAACGGCCAGAGAGCUGUGAUGAGACUUCCAAGGGCGGAGAGCUGAAGAAGCCCGUCAGCCUCGGAACCCCAGGGUCUCUGAAGAAGGGCAAGACCCCCCCAGUGGCCGUCACCUCCCCCAUCACCCACACAGCUCAGAGCGCCCUCAAAGUGGCAGGCAAGCCUGAAGGGAAGGCCACAGACAAAGGCAAACUCUCGGUGAAGAACACCGGGCUGCAGCGUUCCUCCUCAGACGCCGGCCGGGACCGCCUAGCGGAUGCCAAGAAGCCCCCCUCGGGCAUUGCCCGGCCCUCCACCUCCAGUUCUUUUGGCUACAAGAAGCCUCCCCCAGCCACAGGCACGGCCACUGUCAUGCAGGCAGGUGGUUCAGCCACCCUGAGUAAGAUCCAGAAGUCAUCGGGCAUCCCCGUCAAGCCGGUGAAUGGGCGCAAGACCAGCCUGGAUGCCUCCAACAGCACCGAGCCCGGAUUCAUGGCUCCUGGGGCUCGCACCAACAUCCAGUAUCGAAGUCUGCCCCGGCCAGCCAAGUCCAGCUCCAUGAGUGUGACAGGCAGGGGCGGACCCCGCCCUGUGAGCAGCAGCAUCGAUCCCAGCCUCCUCAGUACCAAGCAAGGCAGCCUCUCAACUUCGAGGCUGAAGGAACCUUCAAAGGUUGCUGGGGGUCGGACUACCCCGGCCCCCGUAAAUCAGACAGACAGGGAAAAGGAGAAGGCCAAAGCCAAGGCAGUGGCCUUGGACCCAGACAAUGUUUCCUUGAAGAGUAUCGGCUCACCAGAGAGCACCCCCAAAAAUCAAGGGAGCCAGCCGCCAGCCACCAAGAUUGCAGAACUGCCACCAACUCCACUCAGGGCCACAUCCAAGAGCUUUGUUAAGCCUCCGUCUUUGGCCAACUUGGACAAGGUCAAUUCCAACAGUUUAGACCUACCAUCCUCCAGUGAAGUCCAUGCCCCCAAGAUCCCAGAUCUGCAUCCCACGGGCUCUGCAACGGGUGGCCCCCUCCCCACUUGCUUUACUCCCAGCCCGGCACCCAUCCUCAAUAUUAACUCAGCCAGCUUCUCUCAGGGCCUGGAGCUUAUGAGCGGCUUCAAUGUCCCCAAGGAACCCCGCAUGUACCCCAAGCUCUCUGGCUUGCACAGGAGUAUGGAGUCGCUCCAGAUGCCAAUGAGCCUGCCCAGUGCCUUCCCCAGCAGUACCCCUGCCCCCACCACGCCUGUACCCCCUGCUGUACCCACAGAGGAAGAGGCAGGGGAGCUGACCUGGAGUGGGAGCCCAAGAGCCGGGCAGUUGGAAAGUAAUCAACGAGAUCGGAACACACUUCCCAAGAAGGGGCUAAGGUACCAGCUGCAGUCCCAGGAGGAAACCAAGGAGCGGAGGCACUCACACACCAUCGGAGGGUUGCCAGAGUCAGACGACCAGUCAGAUCUGCCUUCACCUCCUGCCCUCUCCAUGUCUUUGAGUGGAAAGAGCCAGCUCACCAACAUAGUGAGUCCCACUGCAGCCACCACGCCAAGAAUCACCCGCUCCAACAGCAUCCCCACCCACGAGGCGGCCUUCGAGCUAUACAGCACCUCCCAAAUGGGAAGCACCCUGUCCCUGGCCGAGAGACCCAAGGGGAUGAUUCGGUCAGGAUCCUUCCGAGACCCCGCGGACGACGUUCAUGGCUCUGUGCUGUCGUUGGCUUCCAGUGCCUCCUCCACCUACUCCUCAGCUGAGGAGAGGAUGCAAUCUGAGCAAAUCCGGAAACUUCGAAGGGAGCUGGAAUCAUCGCAGGAGAAAGUGGCCACACUGACAUCUCAGCUGUCUGCCAAUGCUAACCUGGUGGCUGCCUUUGAACAAAGCCUGGUGAACAUGACAUCCCGUCUGCGGCACCUAGCUGAGACAGCGGAGGAGAAGGACACAGAGCUGCUGGAUUUACGAGAGACCAUAGAUUUCCUGAAGAAAAAGAACUCUGAAGCUCAAGCUGUCAUCCAAGGAGCUCUUAAUGGCACAGACGUCACACCCAAGGAACUUCGGAUCAAGAGACAGAACUCUUCAGACAGUAUUUCCAGCCUCAACAGCAUCACCAGCCACUCCAGCAUAGGUAGCAGCAAGGAUGCUGAUGCGAAGAAGAAGAAAAAAAAGAGUUGGGUAGGUCGGCUUCGUAGCUCCUUCAACAAAGCCUUUAGUAUCAAGAAGGGCCCCAAGUCAGCCUCUUCUUACUCUGACAUUGAGGAGAUCGCUACACCAGACUCCUCGGCCCCAUCUUCCCCGAAACUGCAGCAUGGCUCCACUGAGACCGCCUCUCCAUCCAUCAAAUCCUCCAACUCUUCCUCCGUGGGCAUUGAUGUCACAGAUGCUAUUCCCCACCAAAAUAGGAUGUUCCAUGCCAACGAGGAAGAGGAGGAACCAGAAAAGAAAGAGGUAUCAGAGCUGCGAUCAGAACUGUGGGAGAAGGAGAUGAAACUCACAGACAUCCGAUUGGAAGCGCUAAAUUCUGCCCACCAACUGGAUCAGCUCCGGGAGACUAUGCAUAAUAUGCAGCUGGAGGUGGACCUUCUCAAGGCAGAGAAUGACCGGCUGAAGGUGGCCCCAGGUCCCUCAUCUGGUCCAACUCCGGGGCAGGCCCCCGGUUCAUCUGCUGCUUCAUCCCCACGUCGCUCCCUGGGGCUGGCCCUAGCCCAUUCCUUCAGUCCUAGUCUCACAGACACAGAGCUGUCUCCCAUGGAUGGCAUCAGUACCUGUAGCUCAAAGGAAGAAGUAACCCUUCGAGUAGUAGUCCGAAUGCCACCUCAGCACAUUAUCAAAGGGGACUUGAAACAGCAGGAAUUCUUCUUGGGCUCAAGCAAGGUUAGUGGAAAAAUUGACUGGAAGAUGCUGGAUGAAGCCGUUUGCCAAGUGUUCAAGGAUUAUAUUACCAAGAUGGACCCAGCUUCUACACUGGGCUUGAGCACUGAAUCAGUUCAUGGCUACAGUAUCAGCCACGUGAAGCGGGUGUUAGAUGCAGAGCCCCCAGAGCUACCGCCAUGCCGUCGGGGUGUCAACAGCAUCGCCGUCUCCCUCAAAGGUCUAAAGGAGAAGUGUGUUGACAGCCUAGUAUUUGAGACACUGAUCCCCAAGCCCAUGAUGCAACACUACAUCAGCCUGCUUCUCAAGCACCGACGUCUCAUUCUCUCGGGCCCCAGUGGUACAGGCAAGACCUACCUGACCAACAGGUUGGCUGAGUACCUGGUAGAACGCUCAGGCCGAGAGGUCACCGAGGGCAUCGUCAGCACCUUCAACAUGCAUCAGCAGUCUUGCAAGGACCUGCAAUUAUACCUCUCCAACCUAGCUAACCAGAUUGAUCGGGAGACAGGCAUCGGGGAUGUGCCCCUGGUGAUUCUGCUGGAUGAUCUGAGUGAGGCGGGAUCCCUCAGUGAACUAGUCAAUGGAGCUCUUACCUGCAAAUACCACAAAUGCCCCUAUAUCAUAGGUACCACCAAUCAGCCUGUGAAGAUGACCCCUAACCAUGGUCUGCACUUAAGCUUCAGGAUGCUGACAUUUUCCAACAAUGUGGAGCCAGCUAACGGCUUCCUGGUGCGUUAUCUGAGGAGGAAGCUGGUAGAGUCAGACAGCGAUAUCAAUGCCAACAAGGAAGAGCUUCUUCGAGUGCUGGACUGGGUGCCCAAGCUGUGGUAUCAUCUCCAUACCUUCCUAGAGAAACACAGCACUUCCGACUUCCUCAUAGGCCCAUGCUUUUUCUUGUCCUGUCCAAUUGGCAUUGAGGACUUCCGCACUUGGUUCAUUGACCUAUGGAACAACUCCAUCAUUCCUUACCUGCAGGAAGGGGCCAAAGAUGGGAUCAAGGUCCAUGGACAGAAAGCAGCUUGGGAAGACCCAGUAGAAUGGGUUCGAGACACUUUGCCUUGGCCCUCAGCCCAACAGGACCAAUCAAAGCUGUAUCAUUUGCCUCCACCUAGUGUAGGCCCUCACAGCACAGCCUCACCCCCCGAGGAGCGAACUGUCAAGGAUAGUACCCCCAGUUCUCUAGACUCAGACCCUCUGAUGGCCAUGCUGCUGAAACUCCAAGAAGCUGCCAACUAUAUUGAGUCUCCAGACAGAGAAACCAUCCUGGACCCAAACCUCCAGGCGUCACUUUGAGGACCUAGCCGCUGCUGUUGCCCAGAGAGCAGAGUGAGCCGGCCUCAGCUAUGUCAGCUCUUCCUCCUCCUCUUCUUUCAGAGCACCCAUCUACAGCCCAGAAAAGUGAACUGGAGGGAGUUGGUGGGAGGGGAGGGGCAGGCUUUCUGGUGCUGCACCUUGGAGGACUUCCUAGGGUUGGUGGGGUGGGGUGAGGGGAGCUUGUUCCUCUGGAUAAAAGACUGACCUCCUCUCAAGACUUUGGGGAGAGGGGGAAUACUGGGAGGUUUUUUUUUUUCCUUGGUUUUCUGUCUGACUACAAACUCUUGGGUUUUUAUGGGCAGGUGACAAGGCAUCAGGAGAAACUUACAGCAGUUUCUAACCAAUUAUGAACAGUUGUGUGGGAGAUAGUCCUAUGAAGUGAAACCUAAGGCAUGGGGAGCAGGAGCUCCCCAAAUUCUCUCCCAGCCUCUUCCCAACCCUACUGCCACUGCCAGCAGCUCUCUCCCAGAGACCUGGAUGGAGCCUAGAAAAAAAAGCAUGUGGUUUAAAAAAAAUUUUUUUUUAAAUAAAGGUUUUAAUUCUGUUGAUAAAGGGGUAAAAAUCAAAUGGAAAAGAUGAAGCUGGAGAGGGGAAACAAUUGUCAAGGUAGAGAGAGAGCUGCCUGCUCCCAAACCCCUUGAUGACCUACAGGAUGUCCUCAAGAUGGCUGUCAACAUGUACCCUGCCAAGCCACAGACACAACACCCCUCCAUCUGGCCCUCAAAGAAGGACUGUUAGUUCUGUCUUUGUACCCUCUAAUUUAAUAUGCAUGAGGACAGCCAAUAAACCCUGCCUUUUAUUUCAUUUUUUUCCCACUUAUCUAUUUAUUUUUUCCUUUCCCUUCAAGACUAAAUGGUUCUUGGGUUUCUUUCCAAAUUUUAGUAUGGAUUUUCUGAGGGCUUUCUUUGGGCACCAACUAAGCUUCCCUGCCAUGUUAUCUAGUUUUGCUGUCCUCACGGCUCAUGAGGAGGCCUGGAGCGGUGGAGGCCCAAGCUGAAGGGACCAGAGGACCACUUCCUUCUCUCAAGAAAGCACAAGCUCUAGAUGGAAGCUUCAGUUCUAUCCUAGAAUGGAGAGUCCAACCGUCAAGUCUCAGCCCUGUUCUUCCCCAUGGACUGGACUACCGAACUGGAAGAACUAUCAUUCUCAGGUGCCCAGUUGAGACCAAAUCCCCUGGCCAUCACCCACCCGCUUUCAGGCAGUGAAUUGUUCAGCAGUUGGAGACACAGCAUCCAGUCAGUGCAGAAAAUUCACAGAGCUAAGAAGAAUGGUGGAUAGAACGGGAACAUCUAUCACUUAAAAAGUGCUGAAGAUGCCCCUUUUCUUUGUUGCACCAGAGGUUCUGACAGGUUGAGGAACCUAGUGUGUACCUCUUCACUACCUGGGCCUUGAAAGCCAGCAGAGUUCAAAUUCUAAGGAAACCAUUUCAUAUACACCCUAGAGAGCAAGCAAGGAAAGAAGCCUCCAAUUGGACAUAUGGUUUAUUGGAGUCUGAAGACCCAGUAUCAAAGCCUGAAAGACUGUAGGAUUGUGAGAUACUCUUUUAGGAAAAUUCACUUCCUGUCAUAUCUGAAAGACUCCAGGAGCACCAAGGCUCAAGCUCCAGCUUCCUAGCAUAGCCAAUGUUUCUGGCUUUACACAUUUAUCCAUUUAACAAAUAUUUUGCUUGCAUGUCACUGCUCAACAACAGACCUGGGCCUGGUUUAGCCUCCAGGUUCCCAAGGAGUAAAAGUUCACCUGAGUCAGGAGGGAUCCAAACAUGGACCAUUCUCUCCUGCUGCCUCUCCUCCCUCACAAGCCAGUGGCAUUCCGACAUUCAGCUCAGAUGCUUCACUGCUCCUAACAAGAAACUCCUCUGCACCCCUUAUUCACAGUCACACCCAUUGGUCACCAGGGACUCCGCUGCUAAGCCCCAUCAUCGCUAUUGCUGCUGCUGCUAAUUCCCUGAUCUGUGAAGACAACUGACCAACACAGCUUAAUUUAUGCAAUUCUGUAAUGGGAAGAGGCUCUUUGUCCAAGGAUGGUGCUGAAAUCACUGCCUUAAAGACCUCUGCUGUGCAGAGAGGGGGAUGCCCUUGAGCUGCUUGUCCCAGCUCAGAAGGAAAGGGGAUAAGAGAUAGACUCUGCCUGGCUGGCUGCUUCUGAGUCCCUCCUGGAGCUCCAGCUCCAACCAAGGCUUAGCUAUCUAAAGUUGCCUAAUAUGGGUGGAAGGAGCAAUUAGCCCCUUCUCUUCUGGUGCUGUUUAGCCAAUGCCUUCUGACUUGGAUUGUUACUGGCCAAUUGAGAGAAUGAAGAAAUGAGAAAGCUCCUUUUUUCCCCCCAGACAUGCCCUCCAAGGAAAUUCCAGUCUCCCAGGUAACCAUGGAUACAGCCUUGGAUCUCUUUUGAUUCCUUAGGAGAUAGGGUCACGAAGGCCUCUCUUGCUGUGAUUUCCCAUCUUUGUUCUGUUCCUGGGAUCUGUGCCCCACCUCUGCUCUCAGUCUCCUGCUGCAUUCAGCCCAGGUCUCCUGCUGUCCCACCCUAGGGUGAGUGUUUCUCCCACAAGGGGGAAAAAUCUGACAUCUGCAGAAUUCUCUCAGGAGCCUGGGACCCUGUUUACAGUUGCACAUCUGGGCCCCUCACUGGGAGGGAUCAAUCAUCUUGCAGAGAAAACUUAAGAUAUGGUGGUAGCUGCAAAAGUUUGAGCCUCCUCAUGGUGCUAUAAUCCCCUGGGAUGCUCACCCCAGACUCUGCUGAGACAGAGAGAACUUGAUGUCUCCCUCACUGCCCAAGAGUACAUGAUAGGAGCAGACAUACAAACAUCCCUUUUAUCUAGGUCCCUACUUCCCUGCUCAGGCCAUAGGGAUCCUAUCUUUAAGAGAGGAAAAGUUGGACUCUGGUCCUCAGGCACCUUCAGGAGAUGCUAAUCUGUCAUGGCUCCUCCUCUCCCUUUUUCCUGGAAGUCUUGAGUUGGGUAGGAAAUUACCUCUAUACCUGGCACCUUCUGUGGGGGAGAGCCACAGCCCUGGGAGAGGUAACAUCCUCUCUGCUGUGGAUGGAGAUGACCAACAAGUGAUAUGAUCCAGCUUUUUUUCUUUGCCCUUGGCUUUAAAACUAUAAAAGACUUCUGGGUUAGUAGGGGCAAGUACGGGAUGUAUCUGUUUGCUGUUUUCCUGUAUUCUGAAACCUCAUCACGGAGACUUUUCAAAGAAACCACAAAUUGUGCAGCUCUAAGGUGCUCAUUUCUCUGUCCUUGUAUAAAUGUGUGUGCUUGUAUCCUUGUUGUGUAAAUCCACCAUCAUGGAGCCACACAUGGAAUUAAAGGCUGCAGGGAGAAGGAAGCUGCUAAUGGUCUGUGGGUGACCCUUACUAUGAAAUUUCUACUAACUGGUUCAGUGCCAGAGUUCCCUCAUAAAUUGUCAGAAUUUUCCACAACCCAAGCUACUAUCCUUAGGGACAGAGAAGUUUUUUCUAAUAGCUUCCCACCUUCUUCUGGUUAAUAAGUUCCCAAAGAUUAUGAACUUUCCCUCUUUCCAUCUCCAGAAGAAUGCUGAUGUUUUCUCAGUGGCCUAAAGGGUAAACUUCAUUUUCUACAGGUUCCCAGGAGGAGGAAAUGACUGACCCCAGUCUCUUAAAAAAAAUUCUUUCCACAGCAGCUCCAUCCAUUUCUAACAUGAAAUUUUACUCACUUUGUAGGAAGAUAGUAGAACCCAGGUCUAAAACCAAGGAGGCUACAAUAUUGAACUGUGAGGAACAUAAGCAUCCAAGGCGGUACUUAGCACAGUAGAGGCUUUCUCAAUUUCCUCAUUCUUGCCUACAUCUAACAGAGAGUAUUAUGAGAGAAUUGAGUAUGAUUUUUCAAGUUAUUUCCCAAGUCCUGAUUCUUCUUUUCACUGUCUUGUCCUGGGCAUCCUCAAUGUCAUCUGAGUACUAAAAGGAACUCAAAAACAUGCACAUUGAUGAGUUAUUUCUUAGUUGAAUUGAGAGAAGCCAGAUCCUAGUACAUAGGCAUACCUAAGGUUCUAGCUAGAAAAUUCAGCCUUGUAACAACAUAAGACUUGUAACAAGCCUUAGGUAGAUAAUUAAAUGAUGGGAAAUGAGAAGGUAGAGGUCCCAAGAUAAUCAUUCAGAAGUGGGUCAGUCACAUAUAUCCCUAUAUCCACAGUCAAAAGAAGCACAUUAAAGCAAUUAAGUGAAAGACUGCCAACUCUAUUCUCCCUGUAAGGGCAUGGCUUUUUGCAAAAAAAAAAAAAAAAAAAAAAAGGUUCCAUUAAAUACCAGGCUUUCCAAGCAUCUUCCCAAGCAUGAUUGUGGCUCCAGGAAAGAAGGAGACAACUAUAAAAUGUGUUCAAUCACCAGUCUGGGGGAAAAUGAAAAAAAAAAAAGUACAAGUUUAAGGUGGCUUUCAGGUGAUCAAGGGAAACUGAAAAAGAGUUCGAAUUUGAGCCCCCAUUUUCUGCACAUGGAAUUCUUAGUUCUUUUUUGAGGAGAAUCUGCCUGUGACCCUUUGCUGUCUUGAAUAAUUUUUUCUUCCCAAUGUGCCAAGAAGAAUGUUGUGUUGCCAGGCUGGCCAUGGGACUGGGAGAAGUCCAUGGAUGUAUAAUUUAGCUCUUUAGUAUUUAUAGGGAAUUGUGAGUACUACACAGUCCCCACACUGAGAGACUUAAGGACCAGCAGUGAGAAGGUCCAAGAUUCCAAUUCUGAAGCCACACUUUUAACCCAUAUCCUUUUUUAUUUUUUUAAGAGACCACAAGGCAAGAGAGUAUUCAUAUUUGUCCCUGAUAAACAUUAGUGGUUUAGAUAGGAAUGACAAUAGCCCUAAUCUGAGAGGGAUUUUACCCAGAAGUACCCCUUGACUUUUUUCAGCCCUCUCUGCUGUACUUAUUCAGGGCCUUUUUCUGGUCCUACUAUUAUAAGCUAGCAAAACUUCACAGGGCUAACGUUUCUACGAGACAGUCAUCUCUCCCAGCCUUUUGUCCCUUUUCCCUUUGGAGGCUUCAGAGACUAACAUUGAAUGGGAGAGAGGAUUCUGUCAAAACCUCAUUACCCAGAGCAGUUGGCUAACCUAUCGGGUCCCCUCUCCAACACCAGCUUUCUUUAAAAGGCAUUAGAUCAGCCUAGUGGAAUGGAGUUAGGAUCCCUCCAUCUUUUAUCCUCCUCAUACCAGAAGCAAGAUGUGAAGUUAGGUAGCCAAGAGUAUGGUUCAGAUAUUUUGGUAGAACUUAUUGGUUUGGUUUGAUUUGGUUUAGUUUUGAAAUCUGAAAAGAACUUCUUAUCCCAAAUUUAUAGUCUUUUAAGCUAGUGGGCCCAUGAGGAAGAGUAGGAGAAAUAGCUUAAUCUGAGCUUCAAAUUAGAAGAUAUUCCCAAGUGAAGAGCCUUUGCCCACAAGACAGAGAGAUAUAUCUGUUAGAUAUAUUAGAACCCACCUGUGUUUUGAGCACUGGUGCUAUAAGAGUCUGAGGGGAAAGAGCUUUGAAGCUCCAAGAAUAGUCAGUGAACUUGGCAAAUUGCACUAAAAACACCUUUUUCCUCACCAAAAGGCACAUGACAUGCACUUGGGACAUUUCCCUUGCCAUAGGAGCUUCCUACUUUGCUGCAGCCUCUCUGAGGCUAAAGGGAGGGAAUGAUUGGAUGAGAAUUCCUAGAAUCCCCAGCCAGUCUCUUGGGCUACUGCUGCGCGGUGGCUCAUUUCCCAAUAUUAGCUUUUUUUUUCCUAGAACAAGAUAAAAAGUUUUUUUUAAAAAAAUAAUCCCCCAUUAGACCUUAUCCUGUUUUAGAUGCACUGCUUAUUUGAUGGAAUCUGUUUCUCAAAUGCAUGGUAUUCCUCAAGCAUAGGACAAGUGGGACAGGCCAGGGAGCUUUUGUAACAUUUUUUAAAAAAUUUAUUGGGAGCAAAAGUCCAAUCAACAGGUCUCCAGAUCUGUGUGUCUCUGUGUGUGUGUUUUUUCUCUCAUUUGUGCUCCCUUUAUUCCUUUUCUUCCACUUUGCUUUUUAUAUCUGAUAUAAAGAAAGCAACAUUGAACCUGGAAAGCAAAUUGAUGUAUAUAGUUGCGGUAACAAUCAUGAAAAGAGCUGGGCUGUCCCCAUAGCAACCUGUUUUUAAUAAGAAAUUGAUUAAAAAUCAAAUCCGUGCCAGGGUCAGCUGGAGAGGCCAUCACCACCAAAGCCUCGCCUGGCUGCCCUCCCUCUACCCCAGGCAUGUUUCCUCCCAGCUGGAUUCAUCUGUCUGAUACCAUUUGAGUUUCAAUAAAGUUAUCUCCUGUAUUGUCCAA